CAGUUUUCCCACCAGAGGAGGAGACAUUUCAGGGGUGGUUAAUCAUUUUUGAUCUAUUCACACUGCAACACAGACACUACUCUCACCUUUCCAUGUUUUAGACAUGCUGUGCUGGAUUCCCUGCUUCUUUCUGGGCUUUUUAUUUUGGGGCUCAGCUCAUGGGGUUCCCCAGACAAACGCCUGCCCCGACAUCACAGACCAGGAGCUGUUCUGGGGUUCUGACCAGUACGACUUUGCUAUAGUGCUCCCUGCUGCUGGGUUGGAGUGUUUCUGGCACUUUGCUCACCGUGGAGAGAGAUUUUACUUGAACUUCAUGCUCAGCAUUUAACAGCAUCAUCUUCUCAAAACUUGCCUCGGAGCUUGUUGACCUUGGGCUGGGAACAUCUAUCUGCAGAUGGAUUCUCUGAUUCCUCACAAACAAGCCCCAGGUGGUGAGAGUUGGUAAGCACACUUCCUCAUCACUCAUUUUAAACACAGGAACGCCACAGGGUUGUGUGCUUAGCCCCCUCCUAUAUUCCCUGUUCACACACCCCACACUUCACAAGAUGCACACAGAAGCUGUCCUACAGUUUCUCAAGUACACUCUGCACUGUGCAUUUCAUUUUUAUUAUUAUAAAAAUGAAAAUAAAAACUCUAACUCUGUGCAAUACUGUACUAACUCUGUUUCAUUAGUUAGAUUUGUUCCAGCCGUGUUUCCACCUGUUUCUCAUCCUCUCAAUAUCCUGUCUAUUUAAGCCCUCAGUUUGUCUCUGCUCAUGGUCACGACAUCGCCAAUGCCUCGUGCGUGCACCCUGUAGAUGUUACUAGUCUCAUCAUUGUGGAGGAAUUUCCUCCGUCUCCACUCUGCAGUCAGUUUCAGCACCGUUCUCUGAAGGUCCCACCACAGCUUCUCAGUUAGGCUGAGGUCUGGACUGACUGGAGCAUUGCACCACAUUGAUUCUUUUUCUUUUUUUCAGCCAUUCUUUUGGAGAUUUGGCACUCUUCUUGGUAUCAUUGUCCUGUGGGUGACCCAAUUUGGUCUGAGCUUUAGCUGCGGGGCUGAUGGCCUCACAUCUGACUCUAGAAUACAAUACAAUACAACUUUAUUUGUAUAGCAUGUUUAAAAGACCAGCGGUACACCAAAGUGCUUUACAAUAAAAACAGGAAAAUUAAGACAUGAUUAAAUAAAAGACUAUUAACAAAGUACCACAUAUGUCAUCAGGUUAAGGGCACUAAUUAUAUGGCAACAGAAGGGAAUAUAAGAACAAAGUUACUAAUUUCAGAUAUUACUAAAAGAUAAAGUACAUAAAUAUAAAAUUGAACCAAAUAUAAAUUAGGGACACUAACUACGUGCGUGUGCGCAUGCGCGUUCAGGUGUGCUGGGGGUAUGCGAGUUCAUGUGUUUUUAACUGGGUUUUAAUUUAGGGUUUUUAAUUAAACUAUUUUUAUCGCUUUGGCUGUCUCAACAUUCAGUUAUGCAGACAUGUGUGUUCUUAAAAGCAAUUCUUUGUUUUUGCGUGGAGGGGUGGAAGCCGUUUUGCUUCACAGUGCGCCUUAACAAAGCGGGAAUGCUUUUUAUUUACAUCUAGUCAAAAGUGUUAGUAAUAGUGUUUUAAUCACACUAAUUUUGUGAUUCUGACAAUGUCUCAGCUUGCAGUGAUGCAUGCAUUUUAUUUUAAAAACGGCACAAAUGGGAAUUUCUUCUGUACGGGCAAUGUCAGCCUGUUCACAAGCGUUUCAUGUAAUCAAACCACUAGUUUUAACAAGUUUUUACGCAUCUACUGGGGUUUCUUUCACGGGUUGAUGCAAUCAUUUUAUUUAAAAAUCGGGAUUUCGGAAUGUUGAUCCAAGAGGGAGACAGAGCCUGCUAGUUUUUAACGCAAUAGGUGGUCACAAAUAACAUUCAGUCCUUUUGGGAAAUAAAUGCUGCAGUGAUACUUCUAAAACCAGUCGCGCAAGCCCCAUCCGUCUUUUAACAGCCGGUUAAUUGUUUGAAUUUGUUCAGGAACGCAAAAGCCCACCGUGGGUAUCAUUUAAUUGUUGGGAUUCCUUAGGAAAAGGUAAAAGCCGACAGGUGUACCAGUCGAGCGGGGACCCGACCUAUUGCUUAAAGUGACCGGUAUCGGCUCUUUUUGUAAUUCCUCGACAAGGUAAAAGCCCCGCAGAUGUACCAGUCGAGCAGGGUCUCGCCUAUUUUCUGAAGUAGCCAGCAACAGCGGACCAUUAGGCCUAUUUUGGCCAGUUACACCGGAGCUCAGCAACUGCAUGCCCCACCCUCAUUGUUUUAAGCUUGCACAGCAAGGUGAUGCCCUGCAGGUGUAUCGCCCCAGACUUAUCGGCCCCCCAUCUAUUGUUUUUGGAAGCGUUCCUCAGGGCGUGAGACCCUCGCCAUUUCGCGUCAGGACCAGCGCCGGUGCAGACCAUUUUCUACCCACACAGAGCGUUUCUGACAGGCGGCCGUUGCUUAUGCGUAAGAGAAAAGAACAAUACAACGCGGUUCUCUGCUCCAAGACAUCCGCGGUCCUUUCACACGAUGAUGAAAUCCUCUUUAUUUGAGAAAGUGUCCCUAAGCUACUGCGGCUCACUGAGUUCCCUAGCUACUUCUUUACUAUGUCAGUAAACUUUUUGAACAAGAAAGGUAUGGUAGAUUUAAGACACAUCUUAAUUGAAGCAAAGGCAAAAAAUCUGAAUGAAUCUUAUGUGGUUGUUCAUAUUAAAUCCAUCAAAGAGUGAAAAUCCAAAAGCUGCUGCAAUCCUUUGUAUUAAUGAUCUCUCUCUCUGUGUGUGUGCGUGCGUGCGUGCGUGCGCGCGCGUGUGUGUGUGUGAGAGAGUCCGUGCGUGCUCGCAGAAGGAAGGUCAAGGCAGGAGCUUUUUUGUUUGAAUGCAUUUCCAAUCAGCUUUUUUUUUUUUUUUUUACAAGAAGUGUGGCUCAUACAUUGCAAUAAAUGUAUUCUGCUACAUCUGCUAACGAGAGAACAUGUUUUUUCAUCAUAAAGACUGUGAUAUGAAGCAUUGUUAAAGUGUCACUUCAGUAAUGCUGCUGAGAGAAACAAGUGUUGACUCAUUUUUUUUUUAAAAUACAUGACUUAAAACACUAAAUUCUAAUUUCAAAGGUUUAUUUUAAGUUUAAAGAAUAUAACAGCUGGUAAGACGAUGAGUUUUGCUUCUCACUGUCCAUGUUAUGUUGUAGUAUCCAUUAUCAUGUAUGCUACUUUGCUCUGUGGACUGUAAAAUGUUUCAUUGUAUUCAUGAAAUAAACCAGACUUUCAAUGUCUGAAUCUUUUACCGUUUUUCUGCUUUUGUUCACCCCAAGUUGACAAAACCUGAAGAUAUCCAGAGUUAACUCACUAAAAUGUGGAGCAGUCUCAGUGUAUUCAGCUGCUUUUAUCCUAAACACAAUAUAAAUAUACAAUACACAAUAUAGUGUGUGUGUGUGUGUGUGUGUGUGUGUGUGUGUGUGUGUGAAUGCCUUAGAAGUCAAAAGUAUACAUGAGCCAUACUUACAAAAAAACAUUUUUAAUUUCAUUUAGAACUGAGAUUCUAAGUUGUAAGCAGAAAUCUUAUGCUCAGCCAGGAGUAUGUUUCCCCACUUUCACAAUGCUAAGGUGUCAAAUCCGUGAUCCAACAGAUGGUUUGUCACACGCGGGCGAGAAGGGCAAGCCACCCCUUACUUACACAACCUCACACACUAUAGAUUUUUAAAGUUCUUGUGUACAACAGUUUAGCUACAGAUAUAACUUCUACUUUUGAUAAAGAGCACUCGCUCUGCAUAUUUCUUAAGAAAUAAGGCGUCUUUACUGGGAUAUUUGUCAAACUAUGCAAUUUUCCAAAUGUGUGUGGAGUAAAAUGUUGUGACCAAGAAUCAUUCAGGAUUAACAACACAAACUGUUUUGAUAGCAGAAACAGUCUGCCUUAUAGUUCCCAUACUUUACCGCUGCAGUUUUUCUAUAACCUAUAUUUUAUCAGGCAGACACCCUGAUAUUAAGGCUGUGUUCUCAGCUCUGAGAAUGAUGUGAAGGCAGUGACUACAGUGUUUUUACAGAGGCUGUGACCAGCUGUUAUUAGCAGAGGUGGACAAAGUACACACAUUCAUCACUUACGAUACAGACACUUGUGUUAAAAAUACUCUAGUAAAGCCAGAAAUGUGAAAAUGUACUCAAAAUACAUAUAAAGGUAAAAAGUAGCUCUUUGGAGGAUGUUUUUAUACUAGCUGUGUUUUGGUGGUUUUGCUAAGCUAUUUGAAUCUCAUGGCAUAUUCAUAUAACGAUGAAAUAAUAUUACUAUUGGGAAUAUGGAUUUCCAACUUAAAUUCUAAUUCUAAUGGAUGUACACAGCUUGACCAUCUCUUAUAUACAGUGGUGUAUUGCCCCCUUCCUGAUUUCUUAGGGUUUUUUUGUAUUUGUCAACUUAAAUGUUUCAGGUCAUCAAACUGAUUUUAAUACUAGACAAAGAUAACUUGAGUAAACAGAAAUGCCGUUUUUAAAUGAUGAUUUUAUUUAUUAAGGGAAUAAAAGCUACUCAAACCUACAUGGCCCUAUGUGAGUAAGUGUAACCACCCUCCAAACCUGAUAGCUGACUGUUUCAUAGUUGUCAGAAAGAACUGCAACCAGAUGUUUGCAGUAACUAGCAAUGACUCAAAGUAAAAGUGUCUUACUGCUGAAACCAGUUGCAGCCUUUACUUUGAAGAUGAACUGUCUCUGUUCUGGUUUGCACUUUUCGCGCCUUCACUGCUGCUUAGCAAGUAGUUGCAGAAAAGUCGGCUCGUCCAUACAAAUUGCAGGAGACUGGAGCCAAUCUGCCAGAGACCGAAGCAAUCGCAAUGAGGUUUUUUGUGUGUAACCUGCUGUUUAACCCUUUGCAACCAGUUUUACCUCCUGCAACACAAGGUUGCUUUAGGCUGACCGGCCAGAUUGUAGGCCUUUAGUUAACGUCAAAUGCAAACACUACGUUACUCCGCUAUGUCCUUCAUUUGAUGUCAAUUCUCUACAUUACAUGUUUUCUUAAACUGUGUUUUAUGUCGUCCGAAACUGUAGUUGAGGUUUUCUUAACUAAUGUCACUUUUGUUGUUAGAUACUGUUAUAAUAGCGUUAGGUAGUUGGCUAACUAAGGAGGUAGUUAACUACCUAAUGCUACUCUUGCUAAGUGUAAAGUAUACAUGUUUAAGACGUGCUGACAUGAGUAAUACAGAAAUAAUGCUAAUGGUACUUGUAUCUUUAUUCAGUGUCCAAUAAAGACAGGUUGUCAGGGGAGGUCGGUGUGAGAGCCCUGUGCUACAGGUCAAUGAGGAAGAGUGAGGCACCACACAGACUAAGUGUAGGCAGGAAGCCUUGUAAAGUUGUUAAUCCCCGUUCAGUGGGGUUCAGUUCAUUUAAGCAUUAGUUAAGUUCAUUCCUAAAGGCCCAUCAACUUGAAUGUUUUCCUUGUCUCCCUGCUUUAUCACUCCUAAUUUGACUAGUCAGAUAGUUUAAUCAACGUGUGUUUGGGUGAUCAGAAACAUUUGACACCAAGUUAAUACUGCAAAUAUACACAAUCUAAGUUAUUACAGUUAUCAAGGAUGGUUAAGUUGUUUUAAUAGGGAGAGAAGGAAACACUAAGCAUUCAGGAAGGUAAGCCUGUAGGGGUCAGUAACCAUAACACUGAACUAUGUUCCUGUUCGGCUCUUUCAUGAAGAUGAUGUUACAUUUUUAAUUUACGUUCUUUCUUCGUAUAUUAAGUUUCUGGAUUCAUCGCCGGUGAUACUGACACAUAGCCAGUGCUCCUGUGUGGCAGGCACUGUUAUGUGCAAUCACACAAUGGCACUGCUCUUCCAAACAGCACACUACUCACAACUCAGAGUGCCGGUUGUCCCCCCUGUGCAUAGCUGCACGGAAUCUGAACAGCAAUGGCACAAGCCACGGACAGUGGGUGUGAAGCCAGGACCCAUCAACUCCAUGAUCUUCACUAAGCCGGUACCAAAUAGGAUGGCCCAGACUGGAGUACAGAGUGGCUUCUACAGAGGCACGGUGGGUCCGUUACCAGAUCCCUGCUUGUUCAGAAUAACGGAGGCAUAUGCAAAAUUUAAUAUUGAGGACAGGCCACUUGUGACCACAAUGAACAUGAGACCUGACAAGCCCCUUGUGGAAAGUGCUUUUGGGCUGGUGCAGGAGGGCAGAGUUCUGUCAUAUCAGCAGCCGGUUUUGACAACCCGGUACAUCACACUACACCGUGAUGCACCACCAACACCGCACUUGCCUCUGGAGGGGUAUGACAUCUUGCCAUCAGAUUGUGUGUUUGUGUGCUCAGAAGAAGAGCUUCUGCAUCUGAAAAGCUUGUCUGUAACUCUGGAAAUGGCUCACAAAAUAGAGGAAGCUACACGUGAGCAAAGCUCUUCAUCUGAGUGGCAUCAGCUCCGCAGGCCCAGAGUGACUGCCUCUAGGUUUCGGGAGGUGUGUCACGUCAGAGGCCAGAGCUCAGCAGAGUCACUAGCAGAGCGUAUAUUGAAGGGAGCAAGGCAGACAGCAGACAUGAGGAGAGGAACUGAGAUGGAGCCUGCAAUAGCAGCAGAGUAUAGUAGGCUAAUGAAUGUUAACUACUCACCCUGUGGUCUGGUCAUUCACCCCAUUGCCCCCUGGCUUGCUGCAUCUCCUGAUGGUGUUGUUUUUGACCCCAAUGAAUACCCCCAGUUUGGCCUCGUCGAAUUCAAAUGUCCCAAUGUACAAAACUUUAUUGACUGCAAAUAUGUGCAAAUGGAAUGUGGUACCCCUAAACUAAAAAAGAGCCACGCAUAUUACUGGCAAGUGCAAGGACAACUGCUCAUCAGUGGGAUGUAGUGGUGUGACUUUGUUGUGUGGGCAACUACCUAGUGCCAAGAGGACUACCUAGUGCCUAGAAUAUACAUGGAUACAGAUGUGCACAAUGCAAUCAGAGAAAAGGCUGACUACUUCUUUUUUUUUACAUAUAUAUGCCAAGAUACCUGUGUUUGGAAAAAUGAACAGUGAAAACAUAGCAAAAAGGAAAACAGAUUCUUCAGGCUGGCUGGAACAAAAUAACUGAUAUUUUAUUUGCAAUGUAUUUCAUGAUUUUUUUGUUGUUGUUACAUGUUACUUUUAUGUGAAAUCAAUAAACUGUUAUUUAAGCAA